AUGGGGUGUAACACUAGUCAGGAGAUACCGAGUUACAGUGGGCAGAAAACGACGGACUCUGCGGCUGCCCUUGGCGAACUGCUGGAAGGUGAUAUAGAAGAAGUCGAACAAGCCGCAACUAAGAUCCAGGCAGCGUUCCGUGGGCACAAAGUGCGCAGAGAGAUGAAGCAAGGCGACGGUGUGACGGGUGCGCAGGGGCAGCAAAAGCAGCAGGACCAGCAGACGGAACGGGAGCCAACCAAGGAGGAGCUGGAGGCCGAAUUCGACCCGAAUGACGAAGAACUGACUCACGCGGCAACCCGCAUCCAGGCCAGCUUCCGUGGCCACAUGUCCAGGAAGACCGGUGGAGCUAAAGGCGAGGACGAGAAGAAGGAAGUCGACAUUGAUGAGAUCACCAAAAAGGUGGCCGAGGAGCUCGAUAUCGACAUGGACGAUCCGGAGCUGCACAAGGCGGCUAGCAAAAUUCAGGCCUCGUUCCGCGGGCACAAGGUGCGCAAGGACAUUCCGAAGGAGAAUGAAAAUUAAGCGCUGCCGGAGAGCGAGCUCGAUGGGCGCCGUUGCCCUACGCCGGGAACCGGCAGGGAGCUUUGGUUUUUCGAGGUCCCCACCCUCACCCACGACAUUCCUAUUCGACGUUGCUACUUUUGCUCCUUCUGCUGCUAAUGCCGCCACAACAGCUGCAGUGCCGUGCUGCAGCCACGCCGAGUAUCGCAUAUUUGGUGAACGUUUGACGAUAGUAGCAAACUAGCAGAAAGCAAACAAACGGCAACCACCCGAACGAGCGAAUACUGCACUUGUUAUGAUUUUAUAAAUUUUAUCGAUUUUAUCGAAUCGAGUACAUAUAAUAAAAUAGAGAAUCAAACCUAAUGGAUAGAACACUAGCUCCUCCUUCUGCGUGGCACAUGCUUAUGUGCGAAACCGCGCGAGAGUGCUAAGAAUUACUGCGUGACCAUGUUAGAGUAUCCUGCCGGCCGCUCCAUAGAACAACGGAAGAAAAAUAUCGGAAGAAUGACAACACAAACGGAAACGACAUUCGGGCAAGGGAGCGUUCGUGUAGCGGUAGGUUAAAGAUAUGGUUCAAUCGAGACAGAAAUAAAAAGAUAAAACAAAAACCAAAACGAGAAAGACCAGUAAAAGAACCCAUAGAAUAAUCUUUAAGCUAACUAUUGCAACACUUUGAAAAAGAAAAUUUAAACUACCAUACGGCCAUCCCGCCUGCGGUGAACUCAUUUCUAUUCAACAAUAAUCGUAAACAAACCAAGUCUCAAAAAUCAAACCGAUAACUCCGUAGCCGCAUCGUUACGGCACCUCCGAUCAUUGUCCGUGUCAUCAUUUUCAUUUUACUCCAGAACGGCGAGCGGACCUUUCCGCUUCUCUCGGUUGUUUUUUGAAUGAAAGCAUUAUUCUAUAACGGACUCGAAAAGGAUAUUCUGACAUUUUCCUAAGACGGUCGCACAUUACCAUUUUAAAACGGUUAAAAUCCUGUACGCAAAAACUUGUUCAAAAGUUCAUGACGAUCCGUUCCGAAGAAAGGAAAUAAUCGUCGGUACGUUGCCAUGGUUGCACGACAGCCAUUUCAACACCCUGGUUUGAAAGACAAUGGAUUUCUCUCCAUCUUUUUACCCACGCGCCGGAAUCUGUCCGAAAAGUAAAUAAGAAGUAAUGCAGGCAAAUAUCGGAAUGACCCUUCUUAUCUCACACUACCGUAUCCAAUCAGCUGCGAGCAGAUCCGAUCGUAAGAUGGUGCACGGACGUGGAGGACAAUUGUCACCGUCACCGCCAUGAAUGUAAUACUGUCAAUAGGCAAAAUAAAUGCAUUACUACAUUGAGCUUUA